AUGACAUCCAAAGAAGAAAUUCAAAGUUAAAUUUUAACAUUAUGUGAAUCUUAAGAUAGUUUUGAUGCAUAUUAUGAAGAGAUAGAAGAAUAAAUUCUACAAAAAAAAGACUCAAAUUUGGUUAAAGCAAUAGUACAGCUAACGACUUAAGUACUUGAGUAAAAUAAGAAGGAACCUAUUUAGCAAUUUUUACUUUUGCUCCUCAUUUAGAAAACAGUUGUUAAGAAGUCUAAUGAAAUGAUUAACUAAGUGCAUAACACAUCAGCACUAUUAAAAGUACUAGAAAAAAUUGCUAAACAUGAAGCUAGAAGCUCUGAUCCUAAUCGUGGAGCUUCUUAUUUUCCAAGAGAUCCUGAAGUAGGUAAAAAGUUCUUAAUUUUAGUGCUUGAAUUCCUUUACAAGUCAGCUAAAUCAUUUUCUUAGGAUGCUAAAAAAAAUCCUACUUAGUUUGCAUUAAUUUAUAAUAGACUGCUAGAAGAAGGGGUAACAUUUCCUCAAGAACCUUUAACCUUUUAUGAAACGAAGAAAAAGAAAAAUGCCUCUUAAUCUCAAAAUGCACCUUAACAAUCUGCAGUUUCUAAAAGAGAUAAAAGUCCAGCACCAGAAACUUAAACUGCUUAAGGAGUUAACUAAAAAACAUCUAAAAAUAUAUAAAUUUCAAAUAAGAUUUUUGAUGAUGUACAAGCAAGCAUUAGCACUUUGUUGUAUAUUUUUUCGAAUUUAGAUGACAUUGAUUAAGACACAAAAGAUGAAAUUGAAAACUAAUAUAAGAGAUUCCAAAAACAAAUUUAGUAAAUAAAUUCUAUGCUUGAGGAGGCAGAUUUUGAUGAGGAAUCAUUUAACAAAAUGUUAACUUUCUCAGAUUUAAUGAAUCAAUUUAUCUAGUAGGUUGAGAAACUUCAAAAAAAUAAGUAUAAUAAUAGCUCUGUAAUAGAAUUCAAGUAAUGGUUAUUCACUUACGAGCUUCCAUUUUAAUUAGAAUAAGAAUAAUUUGAAAAUGACUAAAUGAAUCAAUAAAUGAAAAACCAAGUACAAUAAUAAAACUAAUAGCAGUAACCUGAUAAUAAAAGCAAGUUUUAAGAUAGCAAACCAUAAGGAAACUUUGAAGAAAAUAAAUUUGAUGCCCAUAAAGAUGAUAAUUUUGAUUUCAAUUAGUUUGGGUCUUAACCUGUAGCUCACUAAGGGAAUCAAAAUAAUAAUGAGGACUUGUUCGGUACCUUUACAAAUAAUCAAAUGAAGGAUUUAUAAAAUAAGAAUUAAGGUUAAUAAGGUUAGUUUUAAUCUCAUUUUGAUGACUUUGAAUAAUUUGGAAGUAACUUUUAGAACCUAAAUAAGAAGAAUGAGGAAUAAGAAAAUCAAUCUAAGCUGCAACAAGAAGAAUUAGACAGACAAUAUUAAAAAUAGAAAGAAUUAGAAAAAUAAUAGUAACUUGAGAGGGAAUAAGAAGAAGAAAGAAAAAAAUAGGCAGAAUUACUUAGGAAGGAGUAGGAGGAAUUGAAAAAAAGAGAUUAAGAAGAAAAAAUUAGAAAAUAAAAAGAAUAAUAAGAAGAGUAAGAAAGACAAGCCAAAUUAAGAAGACAACAAGAAGAAGACGAGGAACAAGAAAGAAUGUUGCAAUAGUAACUUUAUGAAGAGGAGUAGGAGCGCUUAAGAUUGGAACACGAAUAAUAAUAGUUGGCUGAAGAAUAAAGAAGAUAAAAAAUGAUUAAAUAAUAGUAAGAGGAGCAAGAAAGACAAAGAAGGCUCUUGGAAGAAUAGUAGAGAGAGGAUGAAUAAUAAUAAGAAGAGUCAAAAUAAAUAGAAAGUUUAAACAAUCCAUUCAAUUAAAAGUCUAAUUUUUAUUUUAACAGUAAUGAUUAGUACAAUAGAGACUCCUUUGGAGCUCAAAAUCAAGGUUACUUUUUCAAUUCACAAACAUAAUAAGAAUAAAAUAAAAACCAGAAAAGCAAUGACAAUAACUAUUCAGUUACUGUGAAUGAUAAUAAUGUUUACACAAGCAAAGCAAAUAAUAACUUAAACAAUAAUACGAAUUCUAAUGUAAAUAACAGCGGUCGUCCUCCAGCAUUCCCUUCUUAAUAAAAAUAAAAUUAGGAUCCAAAGAUAUCUAAAAUAGAGUCUGCAUUUGGAAGCUCAAAUUAAAAAUUUUCAUUUGGUCCUGAUUCUAAAAAUAACUAAGCAAGCUAAUCAAAUAGAAAUAAUAAUUUGAAUGUCUAAAAUGAAGAUAACAGGACUGAAAUGUCAUUCAACGAACAAUUCUCUGUUUCAAAUAUUUCUGUUGCUGGAGGAUAUAAUUAAUAUGAUUUCCCUAUGAAACAUAUCAAACUAAUAGAUAAUAAAGUUUAUAAAGGUUAAGAAGUUCCAGUAGUUAACAGCAUAGAAUAAACACUUAAGUAAUAUUAGUUAAGCCCAUAAAAUGUAAGGAGAUUUAAAUUAUCAAACUUGAAGAGAAAAAAUAAUCUUUAUGAAAAUUCCUAAAUUCAAUUUGGUUGCAUUUCUGACUUAAUAUUCGAUUAUAUAAAUUCAUAAAAUUACUUAAAGUUGACCAUAUUUAUUGGAAACAAAACAAGGCUUCCUAUCAGGAAUAUAAAAAUUGAAUUUGAUGGAGAUGAAAGUUCAUAUAUUUAUGUUAAGCAAGAAAAAGUUAUAGACUUUAUUCCUGCUAAAACUUAAGAAAAAUUUGAGUUGAUAGUUGGAUAUAAAGAUGUGCCUUUUUCCAUGGUUAAUUUGGAUCUGACUGCUGAUUUCGGAGAAAUAGAAGAAAGCUAAACAAUUGAAACAAGUGUUUUUCUUCCUAAUCUCUUGACAAAAUAUAUUUAAUUUAAAGAUUUAGACAGUUAAGCAUUUCAUUCAAAAUGGAGAGAUCUUCGAAGCCACAUUUUAAGAACAGAUAUUUUUCCUGUUUCUAAGCAGAUCAUUAAGACUCCUGCUUACUUCAGACGCUUUUUCACUAAAGUUUUAGAAAUAACUUCGUUAGAAAAUUUUGUACUUCAGUAAAAUAGUAAUCAGUAUGAUAUUAAAUAUUAUAAGCUUGGCGCUUUAAUUGAGUUGGCUGAUUCUGAGAGCGAGUUUUUAAUUAAAUUCAAUGUACGUCCUGAUAAUACACUUUGUAUUCAAAUAAUUUCAUUAAAUGAAGCAUAUUAAUCUACUGCUGCUACUCUUCUCUAACACUUAAGAUUUUUGUUAUAAGCAUGA